AUGGAGAAGAAUGACAAUAACGCGUUCCUGAAUCCCAGAAUCUUCAACGAGCUUCUAGCAGGGAGUGUCGGGGGUGCGGCUCAGGUGCUGGUCGGUCAGCCAUUGGACACCAUCAAAACACGAGCACAGAUUGCUUCUGGGCCUAUGGAUGUCCUAAUCCAGACUGUGCGCAAGGAGGGAUUCUUGGGACUCUAUAAAGGAAUGGCCAGUCCACUGAUGGGAAUUGCCGCUGUAAAUUCGCUACUCUUCACCGCCUACAACGUUUCGAAGCGUGUAAUUAGUCCAUUCCCGGACCUAUCUCUGAAACAGAUCGCAUUGGCAGGAUCUAUGGCAGGGGCCGCAAAUGCUAUACUAGCAAGUCCAGUGGAGUUGUUCAAGAUUAGGAUGCAAGGCCAAUAUGGAAGUGCUACCGACAGACGGUUAUCUCGCGUCUUUUGGGAUACUUGGGCCGCACAUGGCUUCCGGAAAGGCGUCAUGAGGGGCUAUUGGGUCACGCUUGCCCGUGAAAUUCCAGCUUAUGGAGCGUUCUAUUCGGCCUUUGAAUUCGGAAAGCGUAGCUUCCAGAAGAAAUAUGGGAAGGAUAUUCCAGUAUGGGCCCUCCUUUCAUCAGGCUCGCUAGGUGGU